AUGCCAGAGAACUCUCGCUUAGUGGAGGCAGACUACCAUGCCCACAAGGAGGCAUUGGACUCAGCUCUCCACACGCUUCGUGCCGCAGAGGCGAGCAGGCUUCGUCACAUGGACGCCACUCUUGAGACAGAAGCACUUUGGCCACCAUGCCGUGCACGUGUGGCUCUCGCUGAAAAGCUUCAAAAGCCACGAGCCAUCCAACGCCGCUGCCAGCGCUACCUCCUUGAGGUGAUCAUUCCGCUGGCCGAAGGGGUGUGUUCCAAACAUUGGGCUGAUGACCCAAGCAAGGAGGCUUUGCGGCAGGCCCGCGACCUCGUGAGUGCUUGUUCCAGCGCUUGGUUGGAGGCCAUGAGCCGCAAGCUUUCUCCGGAAGCCCAUGUGGGAGAGGCAAGUGUAACACGGCGGGCGUGGCUACACAUGUUGCACCGGUCUGGCAACCCACGCCACAAGGAGGUGCUGCAGCUGCCGGAGAAGUGGCAGAGCUGGCUUGCAAGCCUCCGUCAGGCGCACCUUGCGCGACUAUGCCCCAGCCUCGACAUGGAUGCACUCCAGAGGUUUCUUCAAACAAUCUCACUCGCAAGUCCAGUGAUGCAGGAGGUCUCCACAGCUCCUCCAGUGAUAGUGCCCCUUGGCCUGUUCACUGUGUGGCAGGCGCUGGUCCUUGUGGCGUUGGCUCGGAGGGAGGGGCGGCAUGCACUGGUGGUCCGGCGGCAAGCUGCAGGAACGCCUCAGGUGCUUUUUCGGACCUCAUCCGCAGUCCUAAGCACCGGGCAAUGA